CAUUUGGAAAAGCAGAGAGAUCGGAUUCUCUUCAACUCUUCCUUCCUUUCUCCCCUCCCUACUUGCUCUGCUUUUACAUUCUCUUCAGGAUUUUGUUUUUCGUUUUCUUUUUUCUUCUUUCACGUGCGCACUGCAGUUGACUUUACCAGCCACAGCCCACAGAAGUGAGGAGAGAAGAGAAAGGAAGGAGUAAUACUGUAAUAGGAUGGUUUUGUUGGAAUUCCUUCCCAGAGUUCUGUGGCUUGUGGGGUCCGUCCUAGGGGGAGAUUGUUCUUAGAAUAGCCUGAAAUAAUAUAGAGUUCAGACUUCAGAAACAAGAGAAUAACUCAUGAUAAUUAUAGCUAAAAGCUCUCCCUUGUGCCGAGGGUUUUAACAGAGCCAUUGUAAAAUUUGUUGGUCACGUUCCUGCAUCCUAGUCAAGUUUUGGGUUUCUGAAGAACAGAAGAAAUACCCAUCUUAGCGUUUUGAAGGAUCUGCACACAUUCCUAAAGAUUUUUGUUGACGAUGUUUCUGCAACUCGGACAGAUUGAGUUUUUGAAGGCUGAAGAAGCGAAUACGUCCUGGAAGUUCCUGUAUCUGUUUUAUAUAUUUUACGUUCUUUUCUGUUUUGGAUCCUGACUUCUGCAAUUCGAAUGCAAUAAGCUGUUUUUGACGGAGUUGUGAGGGCAAACAAACAUGGAAGAUGGUGUUUUUCCACGGGCUACAACUCUGGAGACUGUUCCGGAAACCACUGGGGAUUUUGAUAUCAUGGACGAACUCCUGUUAGAAGGGUGCUGGUUGGAGACGAUUGAUGGAUCUGAUUUCCUGCAGCCUGGAUCCUCUAUUUCAACUGAUUUCUUUGACUCUUCUUGUUUUUCUCCUACACCUGAGAUUAACACGGGCAAUAUGAACGCAAUCCCACCUAAAAACGGCCAAGAUAAGACAAAUGAACCAUCUUUCCCUGAAAAUCCACCCGAUCAGUUUGAGAGACAAACAGAAGGCGCCAUCAGGAUUCAACCUGAAAAGCCAAAUGCUGUCGAAAUUGCCGAGUCGUCAGGCAGAGCAGGAUCGGAAUGUUGUUCAGCUGAAGCAAACUGUGAGUUAAGCAAAAGGUGGUGGAUUGGACCAAGUUCCAAUCUGGGUCCUUCUGUAAGAGAGAGAUUAAUGCAGGCACUGGGAUACAUUCAAGAGUCUACGAAAGAUAGUGAUGUCCUUAUCCAGAUAUGGGUUCCUGUAAAAAGAGGAGGUAAGCAUGUUCUUACCACAGAUGGUCAGCCAUUCUCACUGAAUCCCAGUAGCCAGAGGCUCGCAAAUUACAGAAAUGUGUCACUGAGCUAUCAGUUCCCAGCGGAGGAGGACUCAAAGGAAACUAUUGGGCUUCCAGGGCGUGUUUUCUUGGGGAAGGUGCCUGAAUGGACCCCUGACGUUAGAUUCUUCCGCAGCGAUGAGUUUCCACGCGUUGAUUAUGCACAGAGGUGUGACAUUCGCGGGACACUUGCCCUCCCAGUUUUUGAGCGAGGGAGUCGAACUUGUUUGGGUGUGAUUGAGGUUGUUACUACUGCCCAGAAGAUCAAUUACCGUCCCGAUGUUGAAAACGUCUGCAGAGCACUCCAGGCUGUUGAUCUCACGAGUUCUGAAGUCUCAAUUUCUUCCCAUUUGAAGGGAUCCAGUACCUCCUACCAAGCUGUAUUACCUGAGAUUCUAGGGGUUCUAAAAGCGGUCUGCGAGACAUAUAAAUUAUCCUUGGCUCAGACCUGGGUUCCAUGCACCCAACAGGGUAAAGGAGGAUGUCGACACUCAGAUGAGAACUACGCCGUGUGUGUUUCCACUGUGGAUUCUGCUUGCUAUGUGACGGAUCCUCAAAUGUGGGGUUUUCAUGAGGCAUGCUCCGAGCACCACCUGUUUAGAGGUCAAGGUGUUGCUGGAAGAGCUUUCACCACAAACCAGCCCUGCUUCUCAACUGAUGUUACUGCCUUCAGCAAGACAGAAUAUCCUUUAUCGCACUAUGCCAGGAUAUUUGGGUUGCGAGCUGCGGUUGCAAUCCGCCUGAGGAGUAUCAGCACUGGGUCGAUCGACUAUGUUUUGGAGUUCUUUUUACCUGUAGAUUGCAUGGGUACUGAGGAACAGAGGGUGAUGCUUAAUUCCUUGUCCACCAUCGUACAGCGGGUUUGCCAGAGUUUACGGGUUGUCACAGACAAGGAGAUAGAGGACGAAGCUGGUUUUCCGGUUCAUGAAGUGGCGGUUCCCUCAAACGAGAGCCCUGAGCAAAAAAUAGCAACGGGUUUGGGAUCUACAGGGUUCAAAGGAUCUUCUGAGGAAGAACCAUCCUGGAUCACACAUAUGAUGGAAUCCCAAAAAAAGGGUGAAAGUUUUCCUUUGAUAUUCCAAAAAGAAGAGCCAAAUUCAGAAUUCAAGAUCACAACCCACUGGCAAAAUCCUGGACUGGUGUUUCAUCAAGGAGAAACGUUCUCUGAGUAUAAGCAGCAUCGCCAAGAUUCUAGACCCAAGAAUGUUGCCGAGCCCGAGUGUGGUGGGAAUUCUUCUGCUUUUGGUUUUGGUGAGCGUAGUUCCUCAAGCGGCGGUAAAACAGGAAACAAGAGACGGACCAAGACAGAGAAGACUAUCAGCUUGCAAGCUCUUCGGCAGUACUUCGCCGGGAGCCUGAAGGACGCUGCCAAGAGCAUUGGCGUAUGCCCCACCACCCUGAAACGGAUAUGCCGACAACAUGGGAUCACCAGAUGGCCGUCCCGGAAGAUCAAGAAGGUAGGUCACUCGCUGCGGAAGCUUCAGGUUGUCAUCGACUCAGUGCAGGGUGCAGAGGGUGUGUUUCAGAUUGGUUCCUUGUAUUCUAACUUCCCGGAGCUGACCUCUCCAAAUUUAUCAGGAGACAGCCCCUUUUCCACAUCCCAGCUAAAUCAAGAUUCAAAGCCGCCAUUAACAUUAAAUACACAAACUGACGGUGCGAUAAGCAGCCCCCUGGCUCCUGCAUCUACUACCAAAUCACCCUCGUCUCCUUGCAGUCAGAGCUCCGAGUCAAGCCACUGCAUUUCCAGCGGGAAAGAGCAGCACCUUUCUGCCCAGAUUUCAGGUGGUGAAGAUAUUUCAAUGGCUGAAAAGGCUGGUACAGUAUUAAAGAGAGCACGUAGUGAUGCAGAGUUGCACGCAUCAAGUCAAGAGGAGGAACAAAGGCCUCCAGCGAAAUCACAUAGCCAGAAAUCCCUUGGUGAACAUCCUAAUCCUAGCCUUGAGAAUUCACUACUUCAAUUGCCUAAGACUAAGAGUGGUAGCCAUGUUUCACUUUCACGAGGUGUGAAUGCUAUUAGAGUUAAAGUUACAUAUGGAGAAGAGAAAAUACGGUUCAGCCUGCAAUCCACCUGGGGUUUCAAAGAUAUACAACAAGAGAUUGCAAGGCGAUUUGAAAUAGAUGAUACAAGUAGAAUUGAUCUCAAGUAUUUGGAUGAUGACUCCGAGUGGGUCCUCUUGACAUGUGAUGCCGAUUUGGAGGAGUGUGUGCAUGUAUAUAAGUCAUCUAGGACACGCACAAUCAAACUCUCUGUCCACCGAGUUUCUCACCCAAGGAGUUCCGCUGGGUAGUACUGGGGCCUACAUGGCAGUUGAUCAGGAACCACCCUGUAAGUAACUCAGUUCAAUGGUUCUACUCUACACAUGUAACUUUUCCAUCGAGAAUGGGUUUUUUGGACGUGGAAAAGCUAUCAACUUUAACAGUUGUUAGGUGGUGGAUACUGGGGGGAAGGGUGGAAUUUAAUUUAGGUAAAGCAUUUUUUGUUGGAUUAAUUCAUUCCCAUCUUGGUCUGAGGUUCUGAAGAUGGAGAUGUGCCCUUCUGGAAAGCGAGUGAGAGGAAAAGAAAUUAUAUCUGUGGGUAGUUUGAUAUGAAUGAACAAAGGAGACCGACCUCUUCUUCAAGCAAGCUAAAUUUCUCUCUCACGUGUCUCUGGGGAAUGGUUUACUGAAAAACAGCUCGAGGAACUACAAGUUCUGGGAGCUGAACUCGACAAAAGGGGAACUGAAUUUACACAUUUAGAUGAACAGAACAGGAAUCACCUGAGCGCAUGAUAAGCUUUUCCAGGAGAUGACUGAAAUCCAUUAAAAUACUGAGAUUCCUCGAUUCUCGGUAAGUGCUACUGAGACACUGUUCAAAGUGCCCUUUUGUCUUUUGAGGGAUUGAGGGGCAAGAAGUUUGGAACUCCGCAUGUAUACUGAUUUGUUACUGCAUUUGUCUUGCAUUACAAGGGAGGUAAUUGGGUGUUGAAAUGAUGUUGUUAGUGUGGUUGAGAGGAGUCUUUUAUCACUUUUAUGUAUAAAUAGAUGGGCACGUUUAGAUACGUGUAUUAUUCA